CAGCCUGCAGCUGCAUUGACGGUAAACAGAGCAAGGUAGCGCAUGGGCAGCCAGUAGGGAAUUAUUCCACAUCGCAUCACAUCCCAGAGCAUACAUGGCGUCCUCACACAGAGAUAUGAAUUUAGUGUGCAGGCUGACGGGGUAGCAGCCAAUCUUUUUUUUUUUUUUUUUUUUUUUUUUUGCAGCCAUCGUUCUUUGCGUCGGUGUGCAGCAACGGAGAAGAUUCGGCGCACAUUGCUACAGUAGGUAUCGUUUUCUGGAUCAAGACGAUGGAUGUGGGCUCAUCCGGAUCUAUUCCUGCAAAUACGGCGGACGGGCGCGAUUUUUUAUUCCAAACGCAUCCGCAUCUUCCAUAUGUUGCAAGGUGUCUUUGAAAAGGGUACGGACCUCUGGAGGAAAUGAGAAGAAAGGUCUAUUUUGACUCACGCCUGUCGAGAUGGAGGCGUCAUUAAGAAGACCUGUGCAUUCAAGAUCAGACGCACCUCAUUAGAUCAUUAAGGAUCAUUGUUAAUCUGCGUAAGAGCAAAGGAGCAUCUUAGCUGUGACCUGCACCUUUUUUUUUUUGUCUAUGACUACUGAAUCACGAAGAAGAUUGAUCCCACGGUCGACCCAAUGUAGGAACUGCUCUCUCCGAUUCCCACAACUUCUACUCUUGCUUGGAUUUCAGCAUUCAGUCAAAUCCACCAGGACAGAGUAUGCCAUCUGCACCUUUUCACAGAAUCCUACGACCCCUUCUGCUCGGCACUUUCAUACUGGGAUGCUUCGUGACUCUGUUUUUGAUGUAUUUUAAACCAUCCACCAGCUGGUUAUCAGGUCCCGUAGAGUCAACGGUAUCCACAGACCGGGUCAAGAACCUCUUCUCCACCAAGAGCGAUAAAAACGUGACCACCGUGUUGAUCUGGCUCUGGCCCUUUGGACAAACCUACGACCUGGGCGUGUGCAGCUCCCUCUUCAACAUCGAGGGUUGUUUCAUCACAGCGGACAGGAACUUCUACAACAAGUCGGAUGGGGUCGUCAUCCAUCACCGAGACAUCUGCACUGACCUGUCCAACCUGCCGCCGACCCAGCGACCAUCCUUCCAGAAGUGGGUAUGGAUGAACUUGGAGUCGCCAUCGCACUCCUCCCAGCUGCCCGGGAUCGAGAACAUGUUCAAUCUGACUCUAAAUUACCGUCAGGAUGCUGACAUUGAAGUGCCUUAUGGGUCCAUUGUAGCAGCGGAGGGUGAGGAGGACUUUGUCCCACCCAGCAAAAACAAGCUGAUCUGCUGGAUUGUGAGCAACUGGAACCAGGACCACGUACGCGUGAAAUACUACAAUGAGCUGUACAAACACAUUGAGGUUCACGCGUAUGGACAAGCCUUCGGGGAGUAUAUCGCUGACCAAGACUACUUCCCCACCAUCGCCAGUUGCAAGUUCUACCUGGCUUUUGAGAACUCCAUCCACAAGGACUACAUUACUGAAAAACUGUACAACCCACUCUCUGUGGGGUCAGUGCCAGUGGUUCUCGGCCCGCCCAGGCAGAACUACGAGAACUUUAUCCAGGGAGACGCCUUCAUCCACGUGGACGACUUCACCUCGCCCAAGGAGCUGGCCGAUUACCUGCUGCUCUUAGACAAGAACGAGGAAAUGUACCUCAGAUACUUUGAAUGGAGGCGACACUUUAAAGUGAAGAAGGCCUAUUUCUGGGCAGAGCACACAUGCCUGGCUUGUGAUUACCUGCGUAGGCACAAGGAGUACAAGGCAUUCAAUAACCUUGACAAGUGGUACUGGGGAGAAUAGUGCUUUGAAGGGCUAUGCAGAGCUUGUUUUUGAUGGUAAAGGCAGUGCUUUAAGAUUUUUGUCCUUCGGUUAACAUGAAGGUUCAUUACUGUUCUGUCCAGAGCUCCCGAAUGAUUUUUUUCUAUUGGUUUAGUGGCCCAGUGAGACAUCCAUCUUGUUGUUGUUUUUUGUUUGCAAGCCAAUUUUGCUAAGCCUUACUUUGCCUUUUGUGUAUUUAUUUUGAUGAAUUACAAAUGCACUACAUAUGUUAUUUCAACCCAUGUUUUGCUUAACAUGACGACAUUUGCUGCUAUUUUCUUUUUAACCAUUGUUUGCUCUAUUAUUAGUAAAAAUGCUCGAUUGUAUGGAUGUUCCUGUGUAACAGAUAGCAUUCAUAAUGCAAGGUUGUUGUUGUUUUCUUCUUUAAAUAUCACCUUUUCAUGAGGGGACAUCGGAAUAGCGUUGACUGCAGAAGGAGACUGACAUAAAAGUGCAAAUAUUUAUGUAAUAUUUAUUCAAGUGAGGCAUUAUAUGAUAAAAAAAACAAACAAUCUUCUCUGUGCUAGUGAUACAUUCACCUAUGCAGUGUUUACUAAACUCAAAACGUGAAAGUAGUUCAAUUGUGUCAUGUACAUAUUGUGUAUUUUUGGAAUUAUGUAGCUGUCAUUUUGUCCCCCCAUAUUGUUUAUAAGUUUGCGUUUGCACUGCUAACAACUGUUCCCUAUCUUUACAUAAUGUACAGUGAGACAGACGGACAUUGUGUUAUGUGGUUAUAGAUAGCAUACGGUGAUCAUUACCUAGCAAGUCUCCGACAGCAGACUCUGCUCUGUGAGAAGGAGGUUGCUAUUUUAAUCAUGUUGUGAAUUGUUCAUUGUCACAUGUGAUGUGUCACAGUGCAGUUGGAUCCUGUGUGGACGCUGAUGAUAGUACAGUACCGAGCCAUUACUGCAUUAUGAAACUGCGAUGCACCUGGUUAAGUUGCAAUCUGAUGCGGUCUUCAAUAUUGAACUGAAUACAGUGACGGGAAAGAGCACACAAUUAACAUAUUACUGAAAAUGUUUUGCUGUGUGUACUGUACUAUCAUCCGCCAAUGUGACAUCAAAUAUUUACACUGAUAUUUUCAACUAUUUCAAGCAGAUGUUACCAUUUGGGUGAAGUGGGUAUGAAUCAGGAUGAAAUCAGAGGAGCUGAGAUCUGCCCACUCGCUUGGGACCGGUUAAGAAAAAUGUGAAAGGUGUGAAAUGUUCAAGUUUACUGCAAGUUUAUCCAUAUAUCUGUCUUUGAGUCAUCACAUCGCAGAGUUGUGUGGGCAGUUACAGGUUGCAUGUGAAAGAUAUUUUCCUAGAUUUCUUUUUGUUUACACUCCUGUUUACAGUUGUGUGGCUUGCCAUGCCAACCUACACCACUCGAGAUCACACUACAAAAAGCAUCACCAUCUGUAGAUAUCGCAUCACUUUUCAAUGUUGUCAGAACAGCUAAUCCACCCAACAAUGCAGCUCAACAGCACUCAGCAGCUAUUGACAUGAUAGUUACGUUUUUACAGGAAGAACUGUGCAAAACCAAGGCAAGAUUUUAUGCAAGAUGAGCAGGCGUCUUCAUGGUCAAAGUACUCAAACAUGUUUCAGGUUAUUAUCAUUUUGAUAUUUCUUCACUGUCAAAAGGGACCAUUUGGUGUAAUUUAGGAUGAAUUCAAUUAUUUUUCUUAUGGAAUAUGAUUCAAAAUGCCAUAGUGAAAGCUGUAAAUAAACCUUGUAGUGAACUGAACCAUCAUCUGGAUCAAACCAGCCCACUAACACAGAUCAUUCCUGUAUGUGCACCAGACUGAGGGAGCUCCAACAGUGCUUCAGUUUAUGGUUAAACAAUGUGUUGUUUAUAUUUUUAGUGUUUCAAAUCUCUUUAUAACAUGCAAGUGGUGUCAGGCAGUGAAUGUGAUUUCGCUGCACCGUUGUAGGUAAUGUUGGUGCUUCGGGAAUGAAGGCGAAAAGGAGAGAGACACUUGAAAAGGAUACCCAGCGAUGGAGACAAUGGUUUUAGGGUUGUGAGGUGGACAUUUGCAUCAAAGGAGGCUUUUUGUUUUAUUAGGCGUAAUCUUGUUGGCAUGACCUAAUUGAAAAGUCGUGCCAAAAUGCAGCACAGAUAUAGCACUUUUAUUCAUGUGGAGUUGUGUGACUCACUGUGCUGGUGGCUGUCUUUAGAUGGAGCUAUUGUGAGUUCAGAAAACUGUCAUCGUAGACUUCGGCUGUCCCACAGAUUAACUAUGAAACUGCCAUUCAUGGUUUCAUAUUGUACAGUCCAACCUCAUGUUUUAAAUCAAAGGUUUCUUGUCCAAUGUGGUUGGUGACUUUAAGCAACAAAAGAUCUUUUUUUCUUUUCUUCGUGUUGUCUGUCUCUUUCAUCCUCUCUCCCUUUCUCUCUUUUUUGCACAAAAACAAAAAAACACGAUGAGCUUUGGCUUCUCUGUCCCCCGUCUGAGUCUGUGAGCGUGUCCCAGCAUUAGAAAGCGAAUCAGGAUGUCUCUGGAUACUGUGUGACCUGGCACUGAUUUUGCCGGAGUCCUUAAAAACACUGUAUACUGAUACGAGAUGAGUGUGUGGUUGAACAUGGCGAUUUCUCCAGAAAUGUUCAUUUUCAGCCCGUUCACUGAGAUAAUCAGUAAAAGUUUUUUGCCAAAUCAUUGUAUUUUGCCAAAUGUUGUGUUUUAACUGUAGAUGUCUGAUAGUGUCAAAGAAAAUAAAGAUAUGGACAAAUGAGCAAACAUGA